AUGGCGUACUUCGACACCCCUCCGCAGAGAGUCCACGAUGCAUCGACGCUAGGCCCCCGGCGGCGCUUUAACGCUGCAGCAGACCCUGAGGCGGGCCUUCCCAUGUAUCGGAGUAAUGUGCAUCCGUUUGCUGGUCGAAUUGGAGCCAACCAAAGCUUCACCCUCGACCGCAGCGAUGACGGUGAAUUGUUGGAAAAGGAGCCUGAUGCGGCCCCUCUCAUGCCCAUCAAAGAGUUGAUGGACUUGGGGCCUUUGCUCCAUGUCAAUCUUUGGAAAGCUGCAUUUAUUGAGGGUGUCGGAUCGCUGAUGCUCGUUUACAUCACCGUCUGGGCCAGCGCCGCUCCUGCAGUGAUUCCAACCAAACCCACGGCUCAGUUUGGAAACUUCAACAAUGCAGCAUUUCUGGGACCUCUCAUCGGAGGUAUCACGAACUUUGUUUUUCUUUCGCUCUUCAUCUCCUCGUUUGGAGCUGUUUCUGGCGCACAUUUCAACCCCCUCAUCACCAUCGCGACAUUCUUCGCCCGCCUGUGCUCACUCCCGCGCAUGAUUCUAUACCUCUUUUUUCAGAUCGGCGGCAGUGUAUUGGCCGGGUUGUUGGUGAGAGCCAGCUACGGAACAAGAGACUUUCAAGCCGGAGGCUGCUGGAUUUACCCCGACGAGGUGCCAAUGCAAGAUGCUUUUGUGAUCGAACUUGUCGCCGCGACCAUCCUCCUAUUCCUGGCGUUUGGAGUGGGCUUGGAUCCAAGACAGAGCCAAAUUGUUGGUCCAAGUUUGGCUCCAUUUCUUGUUGGAUUGACCUUUGGCACCUUGACCUUCGCCACGGCUUAUACUAGAUACGGUUAUGGGGGCGCUGGCUUGAAUCCGGCGAGGUGUUUAGGUGUGUUUGUGGGCAGUAGAUUCCCAACCUGGCAUUGGGUACAUUGGGUACCGGAUAUCUUGGCUUGCGCGAUACAUGGACUAAUCUAUUGCUUCAUUCCUCCGUGGUCUAAGGACCCUAUGAGCGGCCAUCCUCUUAGCAGAUGA